UCCCCUUGGAGAAGCACUUGCAAAGCAGAGUUUGAGGACUCAGAUACCGAAACCAGUAGCAGUGAGACAUCAGAUGACGAUGCCUGGAAGUCUUGGCUGAUUUCAGGAAACUGGUCCCAUCCAUGGACUCCCACUCUGGGGAGCCAGAGCUCCUUCUCUGUGGGACCUGUGACAUGGUUUUCCGCUCCUCAGCUCUGUUAGCCACUCACACACAGCGCUUCUGCAUUGGCCACCCGACCCAAGAGACAACAUUUGGAGCACAGGCCUCAGUUGACACUGAACUCCAGCAGGCUGCGGUAAGGGCCUCUGUGGCCAUGGGUGGGGAUUGAAAGGAGCAGGACCUUACAAUUCCUCAUCCUACUACACCUUGUCCCCAGGUUGUGCCACAAGAACUCCAGGGCCUCCCAGACCAGCAGACCAGUAAAUCUGCUCUAAAGAGUUUAGCAGAGGAGGUGCAGUGGCUGCGGCUGUCCCUACAGGAAAUGUGGCCCCGGAUAACAGAGGUCCCCAGGGCGUCCGCGCGGCCCUGGACGCGUUCCGAGGCGCAGCCUCAGAGCCCCUUGUCGGAGGCGAUGGGAAGCCCCAGCGAGCGGCUGCGGGCGCUGCUCAGAACUCGCGCAAGGCGCGUGGUGGAGACAGACGCUCAGAGCCGGGCCCUGCAGCGACGCGGCGAGGAACUGAGCCAGCGCCUCCAAGGUGUGGCCCGCCUAUCUGUCCUGGAGCGGGAGAUUCGGGAACUCCAAGCUGAGGCCGGGCGGAGGCAGGGAGUUCUAGAGGUGUUGGGAACCCGCGUUCAAGAGCUGCAGACGGAGACAGGGACCACACAGAACUCCAGGCGAGAGACAGAACUCUAUUGUCCAGUGUUAAAGGCCAAUCUGGGAACUCUGGCUGCCGAAAUCUGGGCCCUGCGGGAGGCCUACAUUCAAGGUGGAGGCCGGGACCCCGGCUUGCUGGGCCAGAUGUGGCAGUUGCAGGUGGAGGCAUCAGCACUGGAGUUGCAGCGGUCGCAGACCCGCGGAGGAAGGGCAGGUGCCUCCUCAGGGGAGCUUCCAGUAGUGGAGGCUGAAAACCGGCACCUGGAGGCAGAAAUCUUGGCCUUGCAAAUGCAGAGGAGUCAGGCACCCUUGGGGCCCCAGGAUCUGCGACUCUUGGGAGGUCCCAGCCAUCGACUGAAGGGCAGGAGAAAUCCCCCACUCCUCCCACCGCCGCCGGUGGCACCUCCGCUGCCACCACGUCCAGGCUUCAGGGAGCCACAGCUUCCUGGAACAAUGACCAGAAACUUGGGCCUGGAUCCAUACUUUCUCCUGCCUACAUCGGACGUCCUGGGCCCUGCACCCUACGAUCCUGGGGCUGGGCUGGUCAUUUUCUAUGAUUUUCUGCGGGGCCUUGAAGCUUCCUGGAUUUGGGUGCAGCUAAGGACUGGCUUGGCACGCGAUGGAAAGGAUACAGAAGGGACCACAGCAUUGCCCCCAGCCCUUUGCCUGCCCCCACCUCCCACUCCCGGGCCCACGGGCAACUGUGCCAUCCUUGCUAGCAGGCAACCUGUGCCCAGACUGCCACCCUCACCAUCAGUAUCAUUGGUCUGUGAGCUGCAGGUCUGGCAGGGGCUGGCAUGGACUAGGGCACCACGGCCAAAGGCUUGGGUCUCACUUGGGCUAUUUGACCAAGAUCAGCGGGUGCUAAGUGGCCGGUGGCGCCUCCCACUUCGGGCCCUUCCUCUAGACCCUAGCCUUAGCCUUGGGCAGCUGAAUGGGAUUCCUCAGGCAGGUCAGGCUGAGCUCUUUCUGCGGCUGGUAAAUGCAAGAGAUGCAGCUGUCCAGGAACUGGCAGAGAUCAAUCCAGCAAGUGUCUAUGAGUACCAGUACCCACCUCCGGUGUCCAGCACAUCUUCACUGGAAGCCAACUUCUUUACUCCCACAGUUGGAUUUGCUGAUCCCCCACCUCCUACAGAAGAGCCCCUCAGUGGCAUCAAGAGAGAUGAGGGUUUGGGCCCUCACCAGUUCUGACUUGCCCCAGUGAGUUUCUGAACAUAUACAUGACUGGGGACUAGAUGGUGGCCUAUUUGCAGACCUACAGCUUUACUGCUCCAUGUUCUGACAUUGGGUCUAGAAGCAACUUGCAGUUGAGAAUACGAGCUCCAACCAUAGCUUUACCAUCAUCUCCCACAAGUCCUUAAUUUUUCUGUACCUCUUCUGUUUUUUUUUUUAAAGCAGACUAAGGAUUAAAUGAGUUUGUCAGGUA